UUUCUCGUGAAUACUCGGAAUAUCUCGCCAACUGUGCUACCGGCUUUAGAAUAUUUCAAAUUGAAGGUAGUUACCAGAAUCAGCUCCACAAUUAAAAUGUUUUGGUCCAUUCCAUUAUCACAAAAAAACAACGCCAUUUCUGAGUAACGCUAAUUAAAAUAAACUAAUAACAUAUUCAAUCGCAACUUGAUAAGAGAGAUCAUUAACAACGGGACAACAACAGAACUGGUGCUGGUGCGAGUAUCGGUUGCAGCCAUGUCUGUGCGCGUACGCAAUUUGUGCAUUUUUGCACUGAUUUGUAUUUCGAUUCAUCAUGUUGCUGGGACUACCACAACGUCCACACCCAGCCCUCCAAGAUACAUCGCAAAGCCGAUAUCAAUCAAGCGGGUUCCAUACAUGGCUUCGCUGCACGAAUGCCCGCGAGGAGCGUGUCUGGCCAGCGUGAUACACAAGCGGUUCCUACUGACCGCUGCCAGUAGUCUAGUGCUGGACUGGAAAGGGAAUCUUGCAAACCUGACUAAAGCCCGAGUAGGGAGUAAGUACCUGGACAAGGGUGGCCAAUUGUAUGCCAUAGAAAAGUUGAUUCCGCACGAAAAAUACUUGACGUUCGUUGGCGAUUACAACAUUGGACUGGUGAAGUUGGCCAUGAAGAUCGAUUUUGGGUCAACAGUUGACCGAAUCAAGCUUGGAAAGAAAGUUAUCAUCGGCGAUUUGGUGGAUAUCAUCGGAUGGGGGGUAGGAGAGAAUUUACAGAACUCAACCAAAGGAGCAGUCCACGAGGUUCCAUCGCUUCCUGUGCUGGUGCCGAGGAGGUGCCAGGGCGCUCUGUUGGGGCGCAUCAUCCACCCGCGGAAUAUGUGCGUGGAAAUAGCAGGGGUCCCGCCCGGGGACUUUGUGUGCGACGAAGGCGGCCCAGUGGUGGUAAACAACUCCAUAGUGGGCGUAGGCUCCACAUUUUGGGGCUGCGGCCUGCUGCCCGGGGUCUAUACGCGAGUGUCGCGCGUCAAGCGCUGGAUACGUCAGGCGAUUGACAACAACACCUACAUCGAUUUUUAGUGUUAUAAGUUUUAUUUAAAGCCACAUCACGCAUUCAAUGAGGGCUAUCGUUUUAGCGCUCACCACUUAGCGCCACUGUAGAGUAAGGUCCUGUCACUUGCUAGUAGCGAAGACAGUGGCACCAACUGGUGAGCGCGAAAGUGGUAGGAGGACUAUCGCAUUUGCACUCAUCAAGAUGGCGCCACUGUAGAGUAAGGUCCUGUCAAUCAUCAGGGGUGCCAACUGUUAAGUAUAAAAACGAUAGACCUCAUUCAAUUCCGCAGCUCAUUCAAUCUCGCGGGAUUAAAGUAAUCCCGGAAUAUGCAUCCGAUAACUGGUUAUCACCACUUUUGAAGAUACUUAUGCUCUAAAUUACGAAUUACGAGAAAGUUUGAGCGCCA